CAGAAUUUUCUCUUUCUUUCCUUUUUUUUUAAUUUUCCCCUUUGUGAUAUAUAAAUACAUUUCGAUGAUUCCGUUUGCUUUAAAAAGUUGUAAAAUUCCUUCUUCCGUAGCAGAGUACCUAAGCUUCAUUCUCCUUCCCCUUCUUCUUCGUCCCUUUUCUCUCUGUGUGCUCCUUUCUCUUCCUUUUUUUGCCCCUUCUUCGAGGAAGGGGUUUCAAGUUGUGGGCUUCUCAUUUCUUUUUGAAUGCAUUCAGGCUUUCUGGGUUCUUUGAUCCUGGUGUAUGUUCUCUUCUGGGUUUCGAUUUUCUCAAGUUUCUGCAGUGGUUUCGCUCUUCUUCUUCUUCGAAAUCAAGGAGUCUUCUUCUUCCUGGUUUCUGGGAUUGUUCAAUCAUGCCUGCUCUUGUUAACUACAGUAAUGGCGACGGGGAGAUGUAUUCAUUCCGUGCAAACCCCAUGGAAUUGGCACAAUUGUGUUCAAUUGCUGGAGAUGUAUACAGCCCUGCUUGCAAGAGGGCUCGAAUUAGCUCCUCAUUCGCCUUCAAUUCGGGGGAAAGCAACAGGCAGCCAUCAAUUGAAAUCCUCCCAGACGAGUGUCUCUUCGAGAUCCUCAGGCGAAUCCCUGGAGGCAAAGAGAGGGGCGCGUGCGCUUCAGUGUCCAAGAAGUGGCUCUUGGUGUUGAGCAGCAUCAGGAGAUCCGAAAUUUGCAAGCCGGUCUCUAGUUGUGGUGAUGUGGAGAUGGAGAGUGGUGAAAGCUUGGAGUUUGAAGAUGAUGGCUGUCUCACAAGGUCCUUGGAAGGCAAGAAGGCAACUGAUUUGAGACUUGCUGCUAUUGCUGUUGGGACUAGCAGCCGGGGAGGUCUUGGCAAGCUUUGCAUUCGAGGUAAUCACAACUCCUCUGGUUAUGGAGUCACUGAUCUAGGUCUAUCAGCAAUAGCUCGUGGCUGCCCUUCUCUCAGAACACUGUCUCUAUGGAAUGUCCCUAUGGUUAGCGACAAAGGGUUGUCUGCGAUAGCAAAGGAAUGCCAUUCAAUUGAAAAGCUCGACCUUUGCCAUUGUCCUUCGAUUACCGAUGAGGGUUUGGCUGCAAUCGCUGGAAACUGCCCCAAUUUGUCAUCUUUGAGCAUCGAAUCUUGCUCGAGGAUCGGCAAUGCAGGGUUGCAAGCAGUUGCAAAGUUCUGCUCCAAGCUCCAAUCUUUAUCCAUCAAGGACUGCCCUCUCAUCGGAGACCAGGGUCUAUCAGCUCUAUUCUCGUCGUCUCCCUCAAUAUCAAAGGUCAAGCUUCAGUCUUUGAACAUCACUGAUUUCUCUCUCGCAGUAAUUGGAUACUACGGCAGGGCUGUUACCAGCCUUGUCCUCACUGGUCUUCAGUUCGUCAGCGAGAAAGGGUUUUGGGUCAUGGGCAGUGCUAAAGGACUGGAAAAGUUGGCUUCUUUGGUGAUCACUUCGUGCCGGGGAACAACAGAUGUCGGCCUGGAAGCUACCGCAAAGGGCUGCCCAAGCCUGAAGCAAAUUUGCCUCCGCAAGUGUUCAUUUGUGUCUGAUAAUGGAUUGGUGAGUUUCACCAAAUCAGCACGCUCUCUCGAGAGCCUGCAGCUGGAAGAGUGCAACAGAGUUACAGAAUCAGGAAUCAUCGGCGCAAUCUCAAACUGUGGAGCCAAGUUGAAAUCACUUGGCUUGGUGAGGUGCAUGGGGAUCAAGGAUACAGCAUCAGGAAUUUCACUAUCAUCAUUAUCUCAAUGCAGCUCUCUCCGCUCCCUCUCCAUCAAGAACUGCCCCGGGUUUGGCAGUCUCGGCCUAGCUCUCGUAGGCAACCUCUGCCCACAGCUCCAGCACCUCGAACUCUCAGGGCUUCAUGGGGUCACCGAUGCUGGACUUCUCCCGCUUCUGCAGAGCUGCAAUGCUGGUCUGGAGAAGGUCAACCUCAGCGACUGCUCGAACUUGUCUGACGAAGUGGUCACAACCUUGGCCAGACUACAUGGUGGAUCACUCGAGGUGUUGAAUCUAGACGGCUGCAGGAGGGUCACCGAUGCCAGCUUGGCUGCCAUCGCUGAUCACUGCAUGUUCCUCAGCGACCUCGAUGUGUCCAGGUGUGCGGUAACAGAUGCUGGCAUGGGGUAUCUGUCAAAUGCUGAGCAGCUGAACAUUCAGGUGCUUUCAUUAUCCGGCUGCUGUUACUUGUCAAGCAAGGUACUGACUUGUUUGAAGAGAAUGGGGAGGACCCUUGUUGGGUUGAACCUACAGCACUGCAAUGGCAUCAGCAGCAGGACAGUCGAGGUUUUAGUGGAGAGCUUGUGGAGAUGUGAUAUCCUGUCCUAGUCCGCGGUUAAGUUUCGUCGUAGAUUUCCUAGAGCAGCAGCAGCAGCAGCAGCAGCAGAAUCCAGCAAAGUUUUUGGUCGUGUUUUUGGCCUAAUCUGCUAACCCAGAGCAGAAUAGGCCUUGCUACUAAACCAAACCAAACCAAGAAAAAUCCAACACAGGCUUUUUGGUUGUUUUCCAGGGGAAGCUUUGGCUAAGAUCAUCACUCCUUUUUUUCCUCCACACCCAUCAUCAGUUUGCCCUCUUUUUUUUGCAGGCUAUACCAAGUCUGUUUAAGGCAAACCCUACUACUACCACCAUGAUCAUAGCCAUUGUUUUCCCUUCACAGUCACCAGAAAGCCACUCAGUUUCCCCUCGUCCAAAAAACCCCCCAAAAAAACAAGACAAAGCUCUUAGCUUUUAGACGACCGUUCCUUUGUUAUGGGUUUCUGCUGGACUGCAAAUCUCACUGAUGUUUUUAAGCUUCUGUCACCUCAUGGACUCCAGCUUUUCUAAAUUACUCAGCUGGUUUAAAGUUAUGAAGUCUUGUUGUGUUCUUGUGUUUAUGAAUAAAGAUAUGAAUUGGGUCUGCUCCAUUGUAAGAUCAAAUCAUCGUGGUGGGUUGUGUUUUAUGUUUGUUUCUGUUUUUGGGGUUUGCUUUGAACAGUUUCCAUGUUAUGUUCAUCGUUUGUACUGUGUCCUCUCUUCAAUAAAACAUGGUUUGUUUUGUUUUUUCAUUGCUUCAACUUGGUUCAGAAGUGGGUAAUGGAUUUAGGUUCAGUUGCCUUAUUA